AUGCUCUAUGACCCACCGGCUGAACCGGUCCAACCGGAAAAUACCAUGUGCACAAAGUGGCUCGCCGAGCAAGCCAUGCAGGAAUCAGUGAUCUACGUGGCAUUCGGGACACAGGCUGAUCUGUCGGAUGCCCAGCUGGAUGAGGUUGCUUUUGGGUUGGAGAUGUCGGGUCAUCCUUUCAUAUGGGUCGUGAGGUCCAAGGCUUGGUCCACACCUAAUGGUUUGGAAGAGAGGGUGAAGUGUAGGGGUUUGAUAAUGAAGGAGUGGGUCGACCAACGGCAGAUCCUUGCAAACCGUGCUACCGCCGGGUUCUUGAGCCACUGCGGUUGGAAUUCAGUUCUGGAAAGUAUAUCCGAGGGUGUUCCGGUUCUGGCCUGGCCCAUGAUAGCGGACCAGUUUUUCAAUGCUAAGUUUUUUGUGGAUGGGUUGGGUGCAGGGCUGAGUGUUGCGAGGGUGGGGCCUGAAGGAAUUGUAGGGAGGGAGGCAAUCAGUGAAGGUGUGAGGGAGUUGAUGAGAGGAGAGGAGGGGAAGAACGCGAGAGAGAGGGUCAAGGAGUUGAGCCGAGUGGCCCGGAAGUCGGUUCAGGAGGGUGGUUCAUCUUAUGAGAACUUGAGCCGGCUACUAGACCAACUAGAGCUUCAAGGCUCUAGUCUUACAAGCGGUUCGGUACUUCACUAGUCUAAGGCCGUUUUUAAUAUGGUUUUUAUGUUUUCUGACAUAUUUCUUCUAUCUGUGCAUGCCUCGGUAUGAUGGUAUAGCAUAUCCCCAUGUUUUAAAAAAUAAUUAAAAACCGUGCGUUACUCUCUA